AUUUCUGGAAUUUUGUUUGAAUUCAAAUCAAUAUAAAUGACUACAGAUUGCAAAUAUUGCAACGAAGCCGAAGACAAGCAGUACAGGCCCGGGCUAAUAUGCCAGAACUGCAUAUGUUUCGUUCACCUGAAGUGUUUGCUGAGACCUGGCACUCCCGGUGAUUUUGAGGGCGAUGUAUUCUUCGAGUUUACUUGCGCCGACUGCUCUAAAGACAAGAAGGAGGUUUUCAAACGGACUCGCUUUCCCUGGGUGAAUGUGAUCUACCUGACGCUGUACAACCUGCAGCAGCGCUCGCACGGCAUCAGCAACAACGGCUUCUUCCACUACAAGACCCACAUCUGCUCCUUUAUUGACCGGAACUGGGAGCAGCUGUUUGGGAAUAAAUUCAAGCAGAAGAAGAACUGGAUGGGCACGAUAGCGGGGGCCCUCUCCGUGCACGGGGGCUCGCUGCUGCAGUCCGGCGCCGCGCGCCUGCAGGAGAGCGGCUGGUGGCGCGCGCAGCACCGCUUCUCGCCCGCCAUGGCCGCACACAUACUGCAGGAGAUGGCUCGUGAGAAACCGAAGGGCGGGCUGAAGGCGAAGCUGCAGCUCGACCACAACACCUUCCUGCAGAGAGUCAUCGAGAUGGGCUACGAGUCCCUAAUAGUGCACGAGGACGAGGACAUCCCUCCCCCCGCGCCCCCCGCGGCCCCCGCAGCCCCCGCGGCCCCCGCCCCCGCGCCGCCCCCCGGCAAGAAGCGGAGGCUGGACUCAGACAGCGCCAGCACGGCGUCCAGUGUGGCGUACUUCGACUAUCUGGACAACGAUCACAGGGCGGAGCUAACAGACGACUCUCACCUGGCGUCCCAGUCCACGUCUCUGUUCACGCACCAGACUGCGCAGUACGCACGGGAUAUGGAGGCGGGGUAUAGGGCUUAUGACUACCGACAGAUGGGGCUGGUGCCGCCGAGUGAAUGCUCAAGCGCCAGCGCACCACAAUCCCACCACGAAGACUCCGACUCCCCCCCGCCCUCCCCGCGCCCCGCGCCGCCCUCCCCUCCCCCCGCAGACAAACACACCAGACACAAGGACAAAACCAAAGAGGAAAAACCAAUACCAAUCAAACGCGAAUCCCUAUUCUCCAAAGAACUAAACUCGAUAACUAUGCCGUGGCUGCCUGAUGAAAAACAGGAGGUUAAGAAGGAUUUAGUGGAAAUGUCUGAGUACGAAGAGGUUCAGUUGCUGAAGCAAGUGGAAGGGCUGAUUCCGAAGGUGAAGGAUGUCAAUAAAAGGGCGUAUUUGAGGAGGUUCAGGGCGAGUCUAGCGCUGCGGAGGUUGAAGAGGCAUAAGCAUCUGCCGAUAUUUGAUUUGGAGAAGUCCGUGCGUCUACUGGGCGGCUACAUGACAGAAGACAGCAGAGCUUCCGCAAACAGCGAACGAGUGCUCGACCGCUUCCAGAGAUCUUACUUACUUGACCACCUGAGCGGUACAGUGGCGGCGACAUACGGCACCACAGUACUGUCGCGGAUAGACCCCACGCCCCUACAGUCGCCCUACUCCGGCGCGGUGCUCAAGCCGUACAUCCGGCGAGACACCGAGAGUGAGCCCCUGUGGGUGAAGAUGACUGAGGAACUGCUGGUCAAGGCUAAUAAGAACAACCCCUCCUUCGUGCUUCCCCCCCGCUCCCCCAUCGACUACUCGUACAUCCGGCCGCAGCACGUGGCCUCCGUCAACGCGCUGCUCGCGCAACACUUCUGGCCCGGCAUCGACGUGUCGGAGUCCCUGCAAUACCCGGAGUACAGCGUGGUGGCCUCCUGGCGCGGCGUGGCGGUGGGCGCGGCGCUGCUGGUGCCGGACACGCGACACAACGAGGCGUACAUCUCGUUCGUCAUCACGCGCGCCCAUUGGCGGAGGAGCCGGGUUGCUGCGUUCAUGUUGUAUCAUUUGCUGCAGACGUGUUCAGACAAAGAUGUGACGUUGCACUGCUCUCCUACCAACCCGGCCAUAUUCAUGUAUCAGAAGUUUGGAUUUAAAGUGGAGGAGUUCAUUCAAGAUUUCUACGAGAAGUACUACGAUAUCGACUACCGCGGGUGUCGCCACGCACUGCUUCUCAGACUCACUAGAUGAAUAAACUAACUUACUAUAUUUU